AUCCCUCCGACGGAGAAAUGUGACCAAUCGAAGGAGAAGUUUCGCUGCUAGUUUACUCUUCAACUUUGUGUUUGGAUAAAACUAUUACAAAAUAUGCUCAAUGUCAAAUUAACGUCGUCUAAAAGCAGCUCGUCAAAAAUGAACGUUACUCUUGUGUCGUUGAUGUCUGCGGUGUGUUUACUGUCAGCGGCGGCAGCAGGUGAGGUGUUGAAUAUUCCAGGAGGAACGAUGUUAAUGGGAACCAGUGCAGCUGAUGCGAGGGACGGAGAGGCUCCCACCAGGGAGGUUGAGCUGCAGCCCUUUGAAAUGGACACACAUCCGGUCACAAAUGCCGAUUUCAGAGACUUUGUGAGAGCGCAGAAGUACAAAACUGAAGCCGAGACGUUUGGUUGGAGCUUCGUGUUUCAGGACUUUGUUUCAGAAAAGCUGAAGAAAAAAGUCACUCAGAGGAUUGAGUCAGCUCCUUGGUGGUUGCCCAUAGAACGAGCAUUUUGGAGGCAGCCUGCAGGACCCGAGUCGGGCAUUCGAGAGCGCCUGAGCUUCCCCGUGGUUCACGUGAGCUGGAAUGAUGCUCAGGCCUUCUGCCGGUGGAAGGGCAAGAGACUGCCUACUGAGGAGGAGUGGGAGUGGGCGGGGCGAGGGGGGCUGCAAGGUCGGACUUAUCCGUGGGGAAACAAGUUCCAGGGCACCAGAACCAACCUGUGGCAGGGGUCGUUCCCAGAUGGAGACACUGCAGAGGACGGAUACCACGGCGUCUCUCCUGUCACAGCAUUUCCUUCUCAGAACAGUUAUGGGCUGCAUGAUAUGAUGGGAAACACGUGGGAAUGGACGUCCACUUCCUUUCCAUCAGCACAACCAAUGUACGUGCUGCGUGGCGGUUCCUGGAUCGACACCGUGGAUGGUUCAGCCAAUCACAAAGCACGAACCACAACCAGGAUGGGCAACACUCCUGACUCCGCCUCCGACAACAUGGGCUUCAGAUGUGCUGCCAGCAACGGACACAAACAAGGGAAGAAACCAGUCAAAACUGAACUCUAGCAACUCACAGGAAGUCCAAAACAAUAAUACAAGGACAAGAAUGUUCAGAGGAGCAAAGUAGAGAAUAAGGGAAAUAAAUCCAGGGACAGAGUAAGUAUCAAUGACUAACUUUGGAUUUGAAUGGAUGACAGGAGGAAACAAACGGCAUUUCUCCACAACUUUUUUUUUAAUGAAUUACAAGAAUAAACACUUUAUACCGAACAUUCAAGAAAGACACAUUUUUGCAUAGACUGAAGAGACUUCUCAUUGCAUAAUGUCACUGGAUGUAAGAAGAGCCUCUGACUGUUGUGGCCUCUCUUCCUGACGCACUCUUUGUUGAUCCUUUGAUGUGACUGGACUAUAAAUCAGUCUGUUUAUUCACGGCCGCCCAUAAUCCCGUCUUUGUCUUUCUGUUUACUUUCUCAUCAUGAAAACCCCGCUAAGCGGAACCUUUGGACUCAUUCUGUCACGCAGCAAAAAAUAAAAGUUUUUUUCAUCUAAACUCCA